UCUAUCACAACAGGUGCACCGGAAUUUCAUGCACAUCAACUUUUCGUUCAACUUAUGAUGAACCAAUAAUUAUUAUUUGUCUCCCUCUACGUAUCAGGAAAGAUAAAUAAAACAGUAAGAAAAAAAGGAAGAAGAAAUUACAGGUGACAGUUAAAGACUUAAAGCUACAUUACCUGUGACUGUUAACAACAAUCAAUACAUGUAUAUUAAAUGACAACCAUUUUGGGAGUGUUAUACUGAAAAGCUAAAUAACUGAGAUAUGGAACUAGCAAAGGCAACCAUAGCAGCUUGUCAAUUCCACCAACACCACCAGUACCAGAACAGCAAGUGCAUCAAGAUCUUUUGGGGCUUGACGAUUCUCCUCCUACUAACUCUAUCCAAUCAGUCAGCUGCAUCAGAUGCCAACAUCGUCAAGAGCUUACCAGGCUUCCCCGGGGAGCUACCUUUCCUGCUCGAGACAGGGUACAUAGGCGUAGGGGAAGUAGAUGAGGUUGAGCUAUUUUAUUACUUCAUAGAGUCAGAGGGGGAGCCAGAAGAUGAUCCACUCGUGCUUUGGCUCACAGGAGGCCCUGGUUGCUCAGCCCUCUAUGGUCUCAUGUAUGAGACUGGUCCAUUAUCUUUCGAUUACGGAAGGUCUAGUGGGGGAAACAAACCAGUUUUAACUUUGAACGAUUACUCAUGGACUAAGGUUGCCAACAUUAUCUUCUUGGAUGCGCCCGUUGGCACGGGAUUUUCAUAUGCCAAAACUUCAUCUGGAUACAGCACGAGUGACACAAAGUCAGCUGCAGACAUUUAUAUGUUUCUGAGAAAGUGGCUUGUGGCUCACCCUAGGUUUCGUGCAAAUCCUCUCUACAUUGCUGGUGAUUCUUAUAGCGGAAUCACGGUUCCAGUCCUUGUUAAAGAAAUCUCUGAUGGUAACAAAGCUGGAACAUUGUCACCCAUCAGUCUCAGAGGUUACAUUCUAGGAAACCCAUUAACUGAUAUCGGAUAUGAUAUAAACUCGAGGGUUAAGUUUUCCCACAGAGUUGGACUUCUAUCUGAUGAACUCUAUCUGGCACUGGAGCUUUCUUGUAAAGGAGAGUAUGUUCGCCCAAAUAAAAGUGAAGGUGCAUGCAUCAGCAAUCUUGAGAUAAUGGAUCUGUGCUUGAAAGACAUAUUCACUCCGAUGAUAUUGGAGAGAAAGUGUAGCCCGUUCUCAUCAGCAAAGCCGAACAACAUUCUUAAGUGGGGUUCAACCACAACCCCAUCUUCAGAUACACUUCUUUUAGAACUUCGACGCUGCAGGGACUAUGACUACUUGUUAGUAAACAUCUGGGCUAAUGAUGGAGAAGUUCAAGAAGCUCUGCAUGUUAGAAACGGAACUAUAAAAACGUGGGAGAUGUGUAGUAAAAACUUAGCUUAUGUGCAUGACAUAACAAGUAGUGUUGAAUAUCACCUUAACUUUACCAGCGAAGACCUUAGAGCCAUCAUUUACAGCGGAGAUCAUGAUCUGAUUGUUCCAUAUGUGGGCACUGAGGAAUGGAUACAAUCUCUGAAUUUGACUGUUUCUUCCGAUGAUGUGUGGAGGCCAUGGUUUCAGGAUGGACAAGUUGCAGGUUACACGGAGAUAUACACAAAGAAUAAGUACGUGAUGACACUUGCUACUGUCAAGGCAAGAAAAUAGUCCACCACACUGUCCCUAAUACAUGUAAAUAAAUAUUGCGAUAGUAUUUGGUUUGAGUGAAGUGUGAUUGAAUUGUGUAGGGAGGAGGUCACACAGCAGCAGAGUACAAGCCCAAGGAAAGCUUUAGCAUGAUUAGCAGGUGGCUUUCUUAUUACUAUCUUUAGCUGCUGUCUUAAUACUAUUCAGAUGUUUACUUUUUCACUAGCAUGAUGGAUUGCCCCCUUGUCAGUCUUUGAAGGACAACUUUUCAAUUUAAUAAGUCCAACUCACUGGAUGAAUAAAACCACCUCAACUAAUGUA